UGUAAACAAACCAAUGCAGCAGGAGGAAUUGGAGCACCUCGAAAAUAAUUGAAUUAAUUGAAUUAUCUCGACUCAGAAAUGGCAGCGUUGCCACCGCGACGCCUCAAUACGCCAUCGAGGCCGUCGAACAAGCAUCACCAGACUGAAUUACAGAUUUUACUCCAGAUGGGAGUUCCGAAAGCUCGCGCUGAAAAGGCUCUUGCCUCCACGGGACAUCGUGGUGUUCAAUUGGCGUCAGAUUGGCUGCUGGCACACGUGAAUGACCCCUUUUUGGACGAUGACAAUCCGCGCGAAUACAUUUUGUACGUUUGUCCCACGGGAACGUUGCUGGAAGAGCUAGAAAAAUUUUGGAUUGAGUCACGGACGACAUGUGGAUGGAAUGGCGCCCAUAAUUUUACGCCGCAUAUCACACUUGUGUCGUUUUUCAAGGCGCCAGAUGAGUGUGCUCUGCAGUUAUCGAAAACGUUGAAACAGGUGGUGGAAAAUAUGGGAGCAGCACCGCCACGAUCAAUUGCACUCGAGCGAUAUAUAAGUCCGAAUUUCAUGGGAUAUUUUGUGCCUGACGAAGAUGCGGAAUAUUUGAAGCACAUUGCGUUGCAGUUUGUGAAGGAGGUCUCGCAUUCAAUAACGGGUGAUACGACAGAGCAUUUGGAUGCUUUGGUUACUUGCUUUCCGUGGUGUGCGGUUACAUCAGCUCGAUGUAUACCCAAAAGUAGUCGAUCUAUUUCUCUGGAGUCUCACGUGAAAUCGUUGCACUUGACAUUGGCAUAUCAAUUCCCGACCAGCAACUACAACGGUCUCGUAAAUCUCGUGGAAGCUCUUGAAACGACAUCCUCUUCCAACUGGGAACUUCGUCUCUAUUCGCGAGAUGCUCGACUCGCCACACGUCAAGUCUACAAAGUCUUGUAUCCUCACCGCUCCGAGCAUCCGGACGAGCUGGAAUUGCGAAUUGGCGAUUACAUUUACAUCAAUCCAGAUUCCCUUUCAAGUUCCGCCGACGGAUGGGUCGAAGGCAUCUCGUGGCUCACGGGCGUUAGUGGAUUUUUACCGAAAAAUUACGUGGAAAGAGCUGCCGAAUGCGAAGCAUGGACCAUUCACACGGUGGUGCCUUUGGGACAAUUCGACGACGAAGAAGUCGGGGAAAUUGUGGAUGACGUCGAUGGUGGGUCUGUUGAUUUAAUUUCGCAAGCGGAAACGGCAUCUGUGAGAGAUCCCGAGAGCGUUAGUGAAAAAGUUGUGGACAAAACGAUGCCUCUGGACGUAUUUUCGAAUCCGAAAAACGUUAUGCAGUUAAUUGAGAAAAAUUCCUCAAUUUUGAGUUUGAAUUCCUCGUCGAGUCACGAAACGCCAGCUACUUCCUCAGACACACGAAAAAUUUACAUCAUGCGACAUGGGGAACGAGUCGAUUUCACUUUCGGCGAUUACAUUCCGCAUUGCUUUGAUGCUGCCGGGAAUUAUACGCAAAAAGACCUGAAUAUGCCGGAGAAAUUUCAUCCGAAGAAAAAUGGCUUCACAAGUUGGAGCAAAGACUCGCCCCUGACGAAUGUCGGGAUUUUCCAGGCAAAACUUGUCGGUUCCGGCUUACGGAAGAGCGCUGUCCAGCUCGACACGGUUUAUUGUUCACCAGCGUUUCGGUGCGUGCAAACGUGCGACGCCUUACUCGACGGACUCGGUAUAAAAAGUUCCUGCAAAAUCCGCAUUGAACCUUGCCUCUUCGAAUGGCUUGCCUGGUAUCAAGACGGUGUCCCGGACUUUUACGAUCCACAAGAGCUGCAAAAUCUCGAUUUUAACGUCGACACCAGUUACGAGCCUCUCAUAACAUUAACAGACCUCAAAGGCAAACUCGCGGAAAAUAUCGAGGAAUUUUACGACAGAAAUGCUCAGCUAUCGGAAAUUGUGGCAAAAAAUAACUCCUUGGGUAAUGUUUUAUUUGUGGGACAUGCCAUUACGUUGGACACGUGCACACGCAAAUUACUGAACCGCGAAAUCCGAGCGUCGUCAGAAAUUGCGCGACUUAUGCACAAAAUCUCGUAUUGCAGUCUAAUUGCGGUGGAGUCGUCAAAAACGGAAUUCCAGAUGUGGGAGCUGACGGAACCGCCCUUCAGCCAAAUGACACACACGAAUAAUCAGCGCUUUGAUUGGCACGCAAUCGAUUCGUAGAAAUAUUUUCUCUGUUUCUCUCGCAAACAAUAAAUUUGAAUUUUUA